GUCUGCUGUGUAUAAAGUGUAAAAUACUGGAUCCAACACACUUCCUUGUGGUACUUCAGCGCUUAUUACUUGCGUAUCUGAGUUCAAAUCUCUUAUUCUUUUACGUAGAAUGUUCUGUUAUUUGGGUUUUAAUAGUUGACCAAUUGCAUCUGACAAAUGUUGUUUCUGGUUUUCAGCAAACCUUCGUACCAGACUUUGUUGAACGCUUGUGUUAUGUCUAAAAAUAGGCAUGUGCAGUAUUUACGGCUUUCCAGAGCUGUUACAAUUUUGUUAAUUAGCCUGUGCUCUUGUGGAAUGUUUUUCUCUAGAUUUUAACUGGUGACCUGGCAUUAAUUGUUUACUGUUGAAAAUCUCCUUGAUUCUGAUUAUAAUCAUUAUUUGAUACAGUACAAGAUUAUUUGAAACUAGAAAGAAUAGAAAUGUUCGGCUUAAAAGCGAAGUCACUACUUUCCAUGAUUAAUAAUAUUUACGAAGAGUUUAUUAAAUUGUACCAACAAUUUGGAGACGUGUCUUAUGAAGUUUUAAUGCCAGAAGAAAAACAAUUCACUGCAGAUUUAAAUGAAUUUUUCGCCUCGAUAGAGCAGUUUGAUCGACGAUUGGCAAGCAUUUUCGACCAAGCAUUUGCUGAAUGUUACAACUUAGAGUCGUUCUUUAAGUUCGUUUGGAUAAUGGGCGUAAUUGCCAACAGACCUAUAAUAAUGGCCCAAUUAUGGCACAAUUAUGAAGAAAUAAUUCAAAGAGUAGAUCAACACUUCAGUGACCUUAAGGUGUUAUUCGACAAGAAUUUUAAUUCCGGAAAAGACAACGAGCUUUCGACACUGAAUUCGUAUUUGCCUGUAGUGAGUGCAUCCCUGUGUUUUUUAAUGAGACUUCGUAAGAGAACUCUUCUCCCAAUUGAGUGCAUGAAAUUAAUUGACCAUCCUUUAAUUAAUGACAAAAUGGAAAACGUACUCAAAGACAAAUACGAAGAACUUGAGGCUAUUAUUGACGAAAAGGAAAAAGAAAUAUUUAACGCCUGGGCGGAGAAAUUGCCAGAAAUUUGGGAAACUCACUUAACGAAAACUCUUUUAAACGUUAGAGAGGAUCAACUGCUGGAAACGAAUUUCGACUUUGCUUUAAAAACUGCCUUGAAAGAGAUUCGUUAUAUGAUAAUUGCGAAGAUUCCCGAUCUUCCUCAAGAAGCCAUAGAUUUUUAUAAUAAAUCACAAUUCUUCUUCAUCAGCACUUACAAUCUCAAUCUGAUAGUGAAUUGGUAUAACAGAAUACGAAAUGAAAGCGCUCCAGUAGAAUUUCAGUUAGUGGAAGACGAAGUUGAAAAUAUUGAUAACUUGAUUAAUUAUGGCCAAGAACAUUAUGAUUGGAAUUCGGAAGAGGUUCCAGAAUAUAUCGAUAAUUUGUUAAAAAUUACUUGGAAAUUACAUGCCAGAGUGUUUCGCGCGCAAGAGAACUUGAAUAAUAUUAUGGAUGAAAUGUAUACUUGGGCAAUGAUGCCAGUUAUUUACCGUAAAGAUGCGAGAGAUGAAAAUUUAUUGUCAGUCGCUGAUAAAGACGACAAAUUUGCGGAAAGAUUUGCGGAGAUCGAAGCAACAGCUGAAGAACUGGAACACGUAUUAAAAGAAAAUUAUAAACUAUUUUUCGACUUGCUCCCAGAUCAUGUCUACAAUAAAGAAGAGCUCGAAUUAUUAGACGCCCACACUGAAGAAGAAGAAGAAGUAGAAACGGAAAAAGCAGAAGAAGGAAACAAUGCUGAAGCUGCAAAGCCGGAUGAGGAAAUAACUGAAGAAGCGGAAGUACCGGAAGAACAAGAGCAAGUAGAAGAAGAAGAAGAGGUUGAUGAAGAAACGUUAGCAAUGAGACGCGAGAAAUGGCAGCCUUAUCUACUCUAUGUUGACAACUUAAUUUCCAAAGGUCUUAUUCAGGCUGUCUCCACAAGUAUUUGUUACAUUCUCGACGAAACUGAUCCCGAAGGCGAAAUAUGUCCCUCGUUUGAGAUUCAGAUGUGUUUGGAGAACCCUAGUAUUGUUUUCCGACCGCCAGUAGAAUUAGAUGAUCCGGAAGGUUUCUAUGCUUUCUUCGAGUCACUUCUACUUGAAAUGAUGAAAAUGGGCACCCUCAUACCACGCGUCGAUCCUGAGUUGCAUGAAGGUCGAGAAAAUUACGCGCUCGAUGUUGCUGAAGAGGAAGGUAUCGUGUUUAUGUUGGAAGAAACUUGCAAUCGAGCAAAAUUGGCCUUAAUAGAAGUGAAAGGACAUGUAUAUAUAUACGAAAUCUACUCGUGGCUGUGGACAGACGAUAAACAGGAAUAUUUAUCCUAUUUUUUGAGAUUUUCUCAAUACGUAAGUCCCAAGCAAAGAGAAAUGAUCGAACAGCAUCCAGAGUUUAUCCCAGAUAACCUGAAAGAGAAAAAACCAGAUUUAGCGGACUUCAAGCGAGAAAUAGAUUAUUUUAUGUCUCUGUACAACCAGUGCGAUCAAUUGCAAAAUGAGCAAAUCUUUUGUCGAUGGUUGAAACUUGACAUAAAACCUUUCAAGCAGACGCUCUUGAACAUAAUUUGCAAAUGGGCUAACGUGCUGAAGGAGUAUCUGGUCAACCGAAUAACCACACAAUUGGAGAAUUUAGCAGAAUUUUUGAAAGCAGCAAUGGAAAAUUUCUCGCGUCCUAUACACGAAGAUGACUAUGACGCACUUCUAGAAACUAUAUACUAUUUAAAGGAAGUCAGGGAUCGUCAAUACGAGAUCGAAGACAUGUUUGAUCCAAUUAAGAAAACAAUAGAAUUGCUACAAGGCUACAACGUGUAUUUAGAUGAGAAAAUUUUUAAUUGGCUCGUAGAAUUGCCCGUUAAUUGGGAAACAUUGAAAAAGAUGGCUGCUCAAGUGAAACAUAUCGUCCAGCCUUUAAUGACUCGUCAAAUCGAUCUUUUGAAGAAAAGGCUAAGCUAUUAUAACUUUAAACAACACCGUUUCCUGAACGAAUUCCAUGAACAAGAUGUUUUCAACCCAGAUUGUGAAAAUCAUUAUGAAAAACUAAACGAAAUACAUGAAGAGGUGUUAAAAUUCCUGAGCGAAGAAAAAGAUCUACGUGAUCAAAUUGUCAUUUUUGAACAGGAAUUGCCUGAAUUUAAAAUGACGAAACAGAUACAAAAGGAGAUGCAGUUUUUGAAAACUUUGUGGGAUUAUGUGAAUGUCAUUACAACUUCUUUGAACGAGUGGAAGAAAACCACGUGGAAGAAACUAGAUGUCGAAUGGAUGGAUCAAGAAUGCAAAAAAAUUCUCAGAGAAUUAAGACAACUGGACAAAGACGUACGUCUUUGGGAAUUGUACACUAAUAUCGAAGCACAAGUAAGGAACAUGAUGGCAUCAUUGAGAGCGGUCUCAGAAUUGCAGAAUCCAGCAAUUAGAGACAGGCAUUGGAGAGAAUUAAUGGCUGAAACGAAGGUGGUAUUUAUCAUGACCGAUAAUACAACAUUGGAAGACUUGCUAAAGUUACAAUUGCACAAAUAUGAAGAAGAAGUUAAAAAUAUUGUCGCUAAAUCAGUGAAGGAAAUGGCAAUGGAGAAGGUGCUAAAAGAACUUAAGGACACUUGGAGUACGCUCGAAUUUGGGAAAGAGAUACACGAGCGUACGAAAUUAAAUAUUCUUAAAAUCGACGAGGAAACUAUUGAAAUCCUUGAGGACAAUCAGGUGCAACUGCAAAACUUGUUAGGUUCGAAAUUCGUUGGAUAUUUUCUCGGUGAAAUUCUUGACUGGCAGAAAAAACUAAGUACUGCGGAUGCAGUGAUUAAUGCAUGGUUCGAAGUUCAACGAGCUUGGGGUUAUCUCGAAAGCAUCUUCAUUGGCUCUGAAGACAUUAGGAGCCAACUUCCAGAAGAAACCAAGCGGUUUGAAAAAAUUGACAGGGAGUUCAAAGAACUGCUGAAGGAAAUGUUGAGCAAUUUGAAUAUCAUAAAAGCAACCAACCGGCCUAAACUUUUAGAGAAACUAGAAGAGCUGCAAGUGCAACUAAAUUUCUGCGAGAAAGCGUUAGCCGAUUACUUGGAAACAAAGAGAUUAAUUUACCCAAGGUUUUAUUUCAUCUCCGCAGCAGAUUUACUUGAUAUUUUAAGCAAUGGAAACAACCCUGAAUUGGUCUGCAGACAUUUGUCAAAGCUGUACGAUUCUAUUGCAAAAUUGCAUUGGAAAAUGGACGGUGGGAAAGCAACGAAGCAGGCGAGAGUUAUGAUUGCCAAAGACGGUGAGGAAAUGGCUAUUCAUGGGACUUGCGAUUGCAGUGGAAAGGUGGAAGUUUGGUUGAACAACGUAACAGAUGCGAUGAAGAGAUCGGUAAGGCAUCAUAUAUCUCAGGCAGUAGCUACGUACGACGAGAAACCACGUGAGCAAUGGAUUUUCGAUCAUCGAGCUCAACCCGCGCUAUGCGGAACUCAAAUCUGGUGGACUACGGAAGUAAACAUGGCCUUUAUGAGACUAGAGGAAGGUUUCGAGAAUGCGUUUAAAGAUUAUCAACGAAAGCAAAUUAAUCAGUUAAACGCGUUGAUAGUACUUCUCUGUGGAGAUUUGAGUGAAAGCGAUAGAAGGAAGAUCAUGACAAUCUGUACAAUCGACGUGCAUGCAAGGGACGUUGUAGCGAAAAUGAUCGCGAUGAAGGCAGAUCACUAUUCUAGUUUUCAGUGGCAAUCGCAACUCAGGCACAGAUGGGACGACAAAGUUGGUGAUUGUUUCGCUGAUAUCUGCGAUGCUUCCUUCAAAUACGAUUACGAAUAUUUGGGAAAUGUUCCACGGCUGGUGAUAACACCAUUAACCGAUCGAUGUUACAUCACUUUAACACAAUCUUUGCAUCUUAUAAUGGGUGGAGCACCAGCUGGCCCAGCUGGAACUGGCAAGACAGAAACCACGAAAGAUUUAGGGAGAGCGUUGGGCCAAAUGGUUUAUGUGUUUAACUGUUCCGAACAAAUGGAUUAUAAGGUAAACUCAUAGUUAUUUUAUGGAUAGAUCUUUGAUAUUAAAUUUCCACGUUGAAAUUAAAAUUUACACAACUUUUGGAACGUGGAGAUCUAUUUUUA